CACAGCCAAUAGUAAUGUGAAAUGAGAAAAUUAAUCCUGAAGCUCCGCUCGACGUCGCCGGCGAAGUUCACUGUCCACCGCCUCCAAGCUCGUCGCUGGCUUCCUGCUCCGCGGCUCCGGCGCCUCACUCGCUCACCGCUGGACGCCUGGACAAAAGCUCCAUGCUCGUCGCCGGCUGCCUCUCCGCCGUCUCACUCGCUCACCGACGAAUGAUUCAUCUGCAUGCAGGCACCAAUGCUCCACUUAAUGUUAACUUCAUUAGAUCUCAGGACAACAUUCUUAGCCUCAUCAGAGCCGGAGCCACCCUCAUCGAAGCACAACAAUCCCAUGGCCUCAUUGUCAAGACUGGUUUUUCCGGCGACACCCAUGUUGCCAACAAGGUCCUCUCACUCUACGCCCACCACCACAGCUUUGACGAAGCAAAUCUCCUCCUUGACUCGCUUUCUGAACCUGACAUCUUCUCUUUCACUCCACUCAUUUACGCUUCUUCAAAAUCCAGUCUUUUUGAUCAAACGCUGAAGACAUUUUCGAGGUUGUUGGCUCAACACCUUGUUCCUGAUGCCCAUAUUCUUCCCAGUGCCAUCAGGGCCUGUGCGGGGCUAUCUGUGCUGAAUGUUGGGCAACAAGUCCAUGGCUAUGUUUUAACUUCUGGGCUUGCAUUGGAUUCUUUUGUCCAGUCAUCUCUUGUUCAUAUGUAUGUGAAAUGCAAUAACUUGAAAGAUGCGCAUAAAGUUUUCGACACGAUGCCCAGCCCGGAUGUGGUUUCUUGGAGUGCUUUGGCAGCAGGUUAUGCCAAAAACGGGGAUGUGGUUAAUGCUGGUAAAGUGUUUGGUGAGGCAGGGCGCUUGGGGAUUGAGCGGAAUUCAGUUUCAUGGAAUGGUGUGAUUGCGGGAUUUAAUCAGAGCGGGUGUUUCUUGGAAGCAGUUUCAGUGUUUCAGGAGAUGCAUUCUAGAGGUUUCAUGGCUGAUGGAACAAGCAUUUCUAGUGUUCUUCCAGCUAUUGGUGAUUUGGGUAAUCUUAGCAUUGGCAUUCAAGUACAUGGUUGUGUGAUCAAGUUGGGUCUCAAAUCUGAUAUAUGUAUAAUAAGUUCUCUUAUAGACAUGUAUGGUAAGUGUAGUUGUGCAGUAGAGAUGUCAAAGGUCUUUGAAGAAAUAGAUCAAAAGGACGUGGGCGCUUGCAACGCCAUGGUUGCUGGGUUUUCCCGGAAUGGUCUUGUGGAUGAUGCUUUCAAGAUUUUUAAACAGUGUAGGGGUGAGGGAAUGGAGUUGAAUGUCGUUUCGUGGACUUCCAUGAUUGCUUCUUGCUCACAACAUGGUAAAGAUAUUGAGGCUUUAGAGCUUUUCAGGGAAAUGCAGACAGUUGGAAUGAAACCAAACUGUGUAACUAUCCCUUGCCUCCUUCCAGCUUGUGGCAACAUAGCAGCAUUGAUGCAUGGCAAAGCAGCACAUUGCUUCUCCCUUAGAAGGGGAUUUGCUGAUGAUGUUUAUGUAGCCAGUGCAUUAGUUGAUAUGUAUGCUAAUUGUGGAAGGGUUGAUCUAUCUCGCCUUACUUUUGACAGGAUGCCUACCCGUAAUUUGGUUUCUUGGAAUGCCCUAAUCGGUGGAUAUGCAAUGCAUGGGAAGGCUAAAGAAGCAAUUAGGACCCUUCAUCUGAUGCAAAGCAGUGGACAGAAACCUGAUGCGAUUAGUUUCACUAGCAUUUUAUCUGCAUGUAGCCAAGUUGGCCUUAGCGACGAAGGGCAACAUUACUUUGAUAUUAUGUCUAAGGAUCACAGAAUUGAAGCCAGACUAGAGCAUUAUGCUUGUAUGGUGAGCCUUCUUGGUCGCGCAGGAAAGCUCGAAGAUGCUUACUCCCUUGUCAAGAAAAUGCCGUUUGAACCAGAUGCUUGUGUCUGGGGAGCAUUAUUGAGUUCUUGUAAAAUCCAUCAUAAUAUGAGUUUGGGUGAGGUGGCUGCUGAUAAACUAUUCCAACUAGAACCGACAAACCCUGGAAACUACAUUCUCUUGUCCAAUAUUUACGCUUCGAAUCGCAGAUGGAAUGAAGUAGACAGAAUCAGGGAUAUGAUGAAACAUAUGGGUUUGAGGAAGAAUCCUGGGUGCAGUUGGAUUGAACUUAAGAACAAAGUACACAUGCUUUUAGCAGGAGACAAAUCGCAUCCCCAGAUGACCAAAAUCAUGGAGAAGUUAGCCAAGUUGAGCUUGGAAAUGAAGAAGUCAGGUGUUUUACCCAACACUGAUUUUGUGCUGCAAGAUGUAGAAGAGCAAGAAGAGAAGGAACACAUUUUGUGUGGACACAGUGAGAAGUUGGCAGUAGUUCUUGGAAUUUUGAACACCAGCAAAGGGUCUCCUCUCAGAGUCCUAAAGAAUCUUAGAAUCUGUGGUGACUGCCAUUCCUUCAUGAAAUUUACAUCAAGCUUUGAAGGCAGAGAAAUUCUUGUCAGAGACACAAACCGUUUCCAUCACUUCAAGGAUGGUGCAUGUUCUUGUAUGGAUUAUUGGUGAUUUGAUUCUGUUCUUUACAGAACUAUUUGUUGCUGGAGACAUUCAAGGCGGAUCAGUGACUGAAUAGCAUUGAUACUUGGCUACAUUAAUGGCCACACCAUUGACAAGGUUAUCAAUUUUCCAUUAUUCGGGAGCAAUCCCAGCCAAGUUGGUUAGAUUGUUGACUUGUAACCAUAAGGUUGCAAGUUCAACACCCAAUGAGAGUGGCCUAUUGACCUUCUUGGUUUGAGCCGAUUAACUAUGGACAAUCUAUACUGGUUUGUCUCCAUGUAGUCCUAAUACACACCUUCAACGGCUUCAAGUAGUAGCUGGUUAUAUAUAAAAAGAAAAAAGUUCUAAUUUUUAAUUACCCUCAAUUAUCAAAGAUCUGAUUUUUGCUGUGAAUGAGCGAGCUGAUUCACAAACUGAGAAACCCAGGGAAGCAGAAGAGAAGAGAAGAAAAGAAAGAAAGUAAUAAUAAUAAUAAGAGUUAACUUCUUUUUUGGUCUAGACUUAUUAGGGGUUGGACAAUUUUAGUCCACCAUAAAAAAUUUUGCCAAAUUUUGGCCACUCCUAUUGUGACAGUGUCACUUUUGGUCCUCUGUCCAACUUACCAACUGUUGACCGUCUAAAUCUUAUGCCAUUUAUUCAACAAGUUGAUGUUGGAAGGCAGCAUGCGCUGACAGUUUAUGGAAGCGAUUACUCAAGUACUCAACUAAGGAUGGCACAGGGGUUCGCGAUUUUAUUCACAUUAUUAUUGAUUUAGCAGAUGGCCAUGUUGCUGCGUUGAAGACGCAGACCCUUCAAUAGGUAGACCCGGAGAUGCUGAAGUUGUGUAUGCAGCAACUGAGAAGGCGGAACGCGAGCUAAACUGGAAGGCAAAGUACAUAGUUGAAGAGAUGUGCCAGGGAUAAGUGGAAUUGGGCCAGCAAAAACCCUAAGUGGAUAAUAAUUCUGCACCACACUAGCUGCCUUCCUGCCUGCUAAAACUCUCAGACUGUUCAUCUAGUGCAUAGUUAUAUGGUUUAUUAUUAAAAACAUAUACACACUCAAAAUUCAGUCUUAGGGCAUCCCUAUCAGUAGUUAAUAUUGGGGUUCAUGUUAGAAUUUAUGCCACAUAUCGGUUGCUCCAUUUUAGUGGUUUAUUGUGUCCAUGUAGGAAAGAGGUUAGGAGGUGGGAGAAAGGAAAAGAUGUCAAGGAAUCAGGAAAAGUAAUAAAAAAAAAAAAAAAAACAAAUGGUACUUACGCGCCUAGCGGGGCGCGCAGCAGUGCGCGAAAUGAGCACCUGCGUUUGUAGGUAGCCUAUUCUCUCCAGUUGUGGGGGCCACAAUGUACUUUCCAUACUAGUUUGAACCCUAUUCCAAGUUAUUUGAUCUGACA